AUGCCGCAGAACUACUUCCCGUUGCGAACCGUCUCAUGCAGUCACACUAGCGGGUCAAGCAAGGAACCUUCCACUUUCCUGGAGUCGUACAGCGGGAGCGGUAUCACUGGCGGAAGCGGAACCUCGAUGAUGUUCCCCGGCGGCGGGGGAGCGGAACAGCCCGCGCGGGUGCUGCAGCAGGUGGCGGAAAUGUUUCCGCAAAGCCCCAUGAUCGGCCCUUCCGCCGCUACUUUCUCCGCCAAAGACUCCGCAAGGCCCCCAGGGAUGAUGACGUGGCAGCAGAUGCAGGUGCGCGGGAUCCCCCCGAGGUCGAUCUCCGCCUCCGCCGCGUCCGGGUUUGGCGCGCCGCCAGCGGGGGGACUGUACGGGCGGGGCGGGUCCGCGGGGCGGCAACGACCGGGGGUGUUAACGGGAGCGCCGCCGCUGGCGCUUCUUGGCGGGGAGCGGAGGGAGCGCGAUAGCAGCGCGGCAGAUGCUGCGGCCUCCGCUGCACUCGCAUUGAUAGCAGCUAACGGCAGCGGCGCCGGCGGCGGUGGAGGCGGCGGUGGUGGAGGGAGCCGUUUCGCGUGCCCUGGCCGAACCUACACCGUCUCCUCCGCUUCCUCCGGUAGGAUACAGCCGUAUUACGGCUCGAUCGCCGUCUCGCCUCGUCCGCUCAGCCCCGCGACCGCCGCCGCCGCCGCCGCUGCCGCCGCGUUUGCCGCGCCGAGGAUGUUCUCCCCCCGGCGCCCCCGCGCGUCGUCCCCGCUGCCCUCCGCGCUCAACCGGUCGAGCAUCUCCGCCGCCGCUGCGGCGAGCGCGAACGUGUGCCGGCUCGUGGACGCACUGGCGGAAGGAUCGGCGGAAGAGAAGCGCGCGGCUCUGGCUUCGCUAAUGGAUGUGACUGUAACGGAUGAAGGGAAGCUCCAAGCCGCGGCGGCUGGGGUGGUGCCUGUUCUGUCGGUGCUGUUGUCGCUGCCUGAAGACGACUUCCUAUUGGACGACGAGUCGGUGUUACCCAGUUGCGUGGACGACGAUGAUUGGCUCCAAGGAGGGGGGGUGCUUUCCGCCGGGGGAAGCGGAGGUGGGAGCGGAGGGGGGAGUGCGGGUAGCCGGGGAACUGGGAAUACAAGCGGGAGUGGCGGGGAGCCCCCUCCGCGCGAAUCGCUGAAUCUUCUCGUGGCACGCGCUUUGGUGCAGCUCUCCGCGCUUCCCGCCAAUUGCCAGGUCAUCGCGAAGGCGGGCUGCGUGCCGUCGCUAAUCGCCAUGCUUCGCGGCGGCAACCCCGAGGCGCAGGCGGUCGCGGUGAACCUGCUGCUGAACCUUGCGACGGGCUGCGACAGCGAUCGCGACAGCAAAUCGCCCGCGAUCGUCGCAGGCGAGGCGAUCCCGUCGCUCGUCGCCAUCGUCCAAUCAGCGGGCGAGGCGAAAGUCCGGCGUCAGGCGAUGGAGGCCCUCGCACACGUCGUCGCGAAGGCGAAGGAGAAUCAAGACGCCGCGGCACGAGCCGGCGCGAUCCCGAUAUUGACAGAAGCGUUAAGAGAAGGCUCGCUGCUGGUACAGGAAAAGGCGGCAUUUGCGCUGGGCUCGAUCGCGGAAGAUAACGACGAAAACAAAGUAAUGAUUGCUGGGACGGGAGCCGUGCCGCCGCUGCUAGAUCUCCUCCUGUGCGGGCCGGCAGAUAUCAGCCUGCAGGAGCGCGUUUCGCGGCGGGCGGCGUGGGCGCUGUUUGCGUUGAGCUCGCAUCGUCUGUCUGCUUCGUACAUUGUCGCAUCUGGUGGGUUGGAUGUUGUGAAACGCGCGGACGAGGAUGGGCCGUCAGGCGUUAGACAGCGAAUAUUGCGGAGCCAUGGCGACAUUGUUACCCGCAACUGUCGUCGUCGUGGCUUCCAGCCAUACUUCACCGUCCCGUUGCUCUCCCCGCGAUUCACGGCAACAGCUUUGGAGUUUCCGUUGCUGUCGCCGAAAGAGCCGACCCGGAAGCAUCGUCUCUCGCUGCGGCUCACAGCGAAAGCAGCGGCCGCUUUUCACGGAGCGCCUCCCGAUGUUUCCGUUGCUGCUGCUGCUCGCACUGGGAGCCGGUCUAGUGGAAGCCGCGUGCCCGCUGCUGCCAGAGGUGCAUGUGGACGCGGCAGUAAGCAGCCAGCCCGCUCAAUGCUGUGGGGACCCCGGCAAUCCCUGUGUAUCCAUCCAACAGGGGGGACCAUCCUCCUCUCCCCAGGCACUCACUCCGUCCCUCCUCAAGGGCUGCACCUGGGGGGUCGUCCCCUCACCAUCACUGCUGCUGCUGCUACUGCUGCCGCUCCUGCUGGUGGCAAUGCUGACCCUUUGCCUCCCCCGCCAGUGAUCCAGUGUCAGAGCGGCAAAAGCAGCAGCAGCAGCAGCGUGUCAUGUUUAACUGCCAUCUGUGGAGCAGGAGCCGGGGGAGCAGGGGGAGCAGGGGGAGCAGCAGGGGGGGCAGCAGGGGGGGCAGCAGGGGGGGCAGCAGGGGGAGGGAGCAUGUGCAGUGAGGAGCAGGCGAAUCUGGUGCUGCGGGGAUUGGUAGUGGCCAAUGGCUGGGCGGAUAACACCACCGAUACCACCACCACCAGUGCUGGCACUGGCAGCAGCAGUGCUGCUGGUGCUGUGGGCAGUGGGGGUUGUCUGCUAGUACAGGGACAGGCAGUGGAGGUGACAAACUCCUCCUUUCUCAACUGCACUGCUGCUGACGGUGGUGGGGCAAUCUUCGCUGCUGCUUCUCCUAAUGUGACUAUCACUGGCUCUCGCUUUGAAGGCUGUAAAGCACUUGGCGGCCCCACUGCCGCUGCUGCUGCUGCUGCUGCUGCUGGUGCCGGUGGUGCCGGUGGUGGUGGUGCUGGUGCUGGUGCAGCAGAAACUGUUAGCAAAGGAGGAGGAGCCGUUGCCCUGUACAAUGUCGCCCACGUGGCGGUCUCUGAUUCGUCCGUUCUCGACUGCACCUCCUCCUCCACCAAUGGCGGCGGCCUUGCCAUCGUCUCCUCCAACGCCGCGCUGACAGCUGUCCGCUUCUCGGGCUGUUUCGCGCAGAACCUGGGUGGCGCGGUCUCGUCUUUUUCCUCCAACGUGACUGUAACGAGCUGCGAGUUCCGCGACUCGCGGGCCAUGCGGGGAGGAUGCUUCUCGGACGAUUCCUCCCCGCUCGUCUCCAUCUCCUCCUCCUCCUUCCUCCGAUGCAACGCGGAUGUGACCAAAGAAGGGGAUAUUUACAGCAAGGUGAACGGCGGGGGGGUUGCUCUGAACGCAACCGCCGCUUUCACCAUCCACAACUGCUCUUUCUCCCGCUGCUUCGCCGUUAUGGACGGCGGCGGUCUCGACGCUCUAGACCCCGGAAACCUCACUAUAAGCUCCUCCACUUUCCGCUUGUGCUCCGCGCACGAUACGGCCAGCGGAGAGGGGGGGGGCGUGUCGGCCCGCGGCGGAAACAUCACCGUGCGGGGGACUCUGAUGGAGAAGAAUUGGGUGAACAGCAGUAUGGUUGGCUUCGGCGCGGCUAUCUCUAUCAUGGAUACGGAAAUGGGGAUUUUCAACUCGACUUUCCGGGAGAACAUUGCGUACGGGCAUUUGUACGGGUUGCUGGGUCAAGGGGGGGUGAUAAACCAGGCAUGGACGAGGCGGGAUGUGGUGAUUCCGCUGCUGAUGGAGGACUGUGCGUUUGAGAGGAAUGUGGCGGAUUUCGGAGCGGUGGGGUACUUUGAGGGGCAUGUGACUGUACGGAGGUGCCGGCAUGAGAGGAACGAGGCGCAAUUUAGAUACGGAGGCGCGUGUGAGUAUAUGGGGGGGCGUGAAUGUGUGGAGGUGGGAGUGUUGGGGUAUGAAGGAGGGGCGUGUUAUUGUGGUGGGUGUGAGCGUGUGGGGUGUGAGGGUGAGGGGGGUGAGGGUGAAGACUACGCCAUGAUGAGCACCACCAUAGAGGAUUCUCUCUUCGCGCACAACACAGUCUUGCAGGACGGCGGGGCGAUUGUCAUAGCGGGGCUAAUGGCCACGGUGGUGCGCGGGUGUGUGUUUCGCAACAACACUGCCAUCUCUGGGGAGGGGGGCGCCAUCUUUGUGCUCGAUGGCACGGAGGGAGCAGUGGAAGUGGAGGGGAGUCGCUUUGAGGGAAACACAGCACCGGCAUCCAAGGGAGGAGCCAUUUCUGCUGCCUCUGCCCGCCUCACCCUCGCCCAUACCACCUUCCACAACAACCAUGCCCUCGUGAAGGGUGGUGCUGUUGCCGUUUCACACCCAACUUCUCCUCCCACCGACAGCAACAACACCACCACUUCUCCCCUCCCCAUGGCCCACUUCUCCAACGUGACCUUUGAGGGCAACAGUGCCACGCUGGGGGGAGCAGCGGUGCAUCUGGGCAUGGCGGCACGCGCUGCCCUCAUGGGGUGCCGCCUGGGGGGCGGGCAGGCGAGCAACGGCGGCGGAGUGAUGCUGGAGGAGUUUGCAGAGCUGCGGAUGGUUCGAUCCGUGUGCACUGGCAACAGUGGUGUGAUGCUGGAGGAGUUUGCGCAGCUCAAGAUGGUCCGGUCUGUGUGCACUGGGAACAGCGCCCCCUCCGGGGGAGGGUGCAUCUCCAUGAGCGAGCUGGCCUCCGUUACAAUCACAUCCAGCAACGUCACGUCCAACCAGGGCGGCAACAAGGGCGGCGCCAUCCAGUCCACGGGGCAGACCCGCUUGACCAUCUCGGAUUCCCAUUUCUUCAACAACUCGGCCAUGGAUGGCGGCAUGCUCUGGGCCGAGAUGGAUACUCAGACCCGCCUGGCCAUCACGGACUCCCAUUUCUUCAACAACUCAGCCAUGGAUGGUGGCAUGCUCUGGGCCGAGAUGGACUCGCAGGUAUGUGCAAUGCGGCGCUCCCUUCCCCUUCCCUCCUUCCUUUGUUCGUUUGACCUCUUGGCACCUGUUGUGAACGGCAUCAAGCGCCCAAGCCAUGGGGCGGACCCGCCGGAUGGUCAUCAGGGAAGGGAGUCGCCCUUCUUCAACAAGGAUGGCGGCAUGUUCUGCCAUGGAUGGCGGCAUGCUCUGCCAUGGAUGGCGGCAUGUUCUGCCAUGGAUGGCGGCAUGCUCUGCCAUGGAUGGCGGCAUAGGAGGCAUGUUCUGCCAUGGAUGGCGGCAUGUUCUGCCAUGGAUGGCGGCAUGUUCUGCCAUGGAUGGCGGCAUGUUCUGCCAUGGAUGGCGGCAUGUUCUGCCAUGGAUGGCGGCAUGUUCUGCAAUGGAUGGCGGCAUGUUCUGCCAUGGAUGGCGGCAUGUUCUGCCAUGGAUGGCGGCAUGCUCUGCCAUGGAUGGCGGCAUGCUCUGCCAUGGAUGGCGGCAUGUUCUGCCAUGGAUGGCGGCAUGCUCUGCCAUGGAUGGCGGCAUGCUCUGCCAUGGAUGGCGGCAUGUUCUGCCAUGGAUGGCGGCAUGCUCUGCCAUGGAUGGCGGCAUGCUCUGCCAUGGAGGGAGGCAUGUUCUGCCAUGGAUGGAGGCAUGUUCUGCCAUGGAUGGCGGCAUGUUCUGCCAUGGAUGGCGGCAUGUUCUGCCAUGGAUGGCGGCAUGCUCUGCCAUGGAUGGCGGCAUGUUUUGCCAUGGAUGGCGGCAUGCUCUGCCAUGGAUGGCGGCAUGCUCUGCCAUGGAUGGCGGCAUGCUCUGCCAUGGAUGGCGGCAUGUUCUGCCAUGGAUGGCGGCAUGCUCUGCCAUGGAUGGCGGCAUGUUUUGCCAUGGAGGGAGGCAUGUUCUGCCAUGGAUGGCGGCAUGUUCUGCCAUGGAUGGCGGCAUGUUCUUCCAUGGAUGGCGGCAUGCUCUGCCAUGGAUGGCGGCAUGCUCUGCCAUGGAUGGCGGCAUGUUCUGCCAUGGAUGGCGGCAUGCUCUGCCAUGGAUGGCGGCAUGUUCUGCCAUGGAGGGAGGCAUGUUCUGCCAUGGAUGGCGGCAUGUUCUGCCAUGGAUGGCGGCAUGCUCUGCCAUGGAUGGCGGCUUGUUCUGCCAUGGAUGGCGGCAUGCUCUGCCAUGGAUGGCGGCAUGCUCUGCCAUGGAUGGCGGCAUGCUCUGCCAUGGAUGGCGGCAUGUUCUGCCAUGGAGGGAGGCAUGUUCUGCCAUGGAUGGCGGCAUGUUCUGCCAUGGAUGGCGGCAUGUUCUGCCAUGGAUGGCGGCAUGCUCUGCCAUGGAUGGCGGCAUGCUCUGCCAUGGAUGGCGGCAUGUUCUGCCAUGGAUGGCGGCAUGCUCUGCCAUGGAUGGCGGCAUGUUCUGCCAUGGAUGGCAGCAUGUUCUGCCAUGGAUGGCGGCAUGUUCUGCCAUGGAUGGCGGCAUGUUCUGCCAUGGAUGGCGGCAUGUUCUGCCAUGGAUGGCGGCAUGUUCUGCCAUGGAUGGCGGCAUGUUCUGCCAUGGAUGGCGGCAUGUUCUGCCAUGGAUGGCGGCAUGUUCUGCCAUGGAUGGCAGCAUGCUCUGCCAUGGAUGGCGGCAUGCUCUGCCAUGGAUGGCGGCAUGCUCUGCCAUGGAUGGCGGCAUGCUCUGCCAUGGAUGGCGGCAUGCUCUGCCAUGGAUGGCGGCAUGCUCUGCCAUGGAUGGCGGCAUGCUCUGCCAUGGAUGGCGGCAUGUUCUGCCAUGGAUGGCGGCAUGUUCUGCCAUGGAUGGCGGCAUGCUCUGCCAUGGAUGGCGGCAUGUUCUGCCAUGGAUGGCGGUAUGUUCUGCCAUGGAUGGCGGCAUGCUCUGCCAUGGAUGGCGGCAUGCUCUGCCAUGGAUGGCAGCGUGUUCUGCCAUGGACGGCGGCAUGCUCUGCCAUGGAUGGCGGCAUGCUCUGCCAUGGAUGGCGGCAUGUUCUGCCAUGGAUGGCGGCAUGCUCUGCCAUGGAUGGCGGCAUGUUCUGCCAUGGAGGGAGGCAUGUUCUGCCAUGGAUGGCGGCAUGUUCUGCCAUGGAUGGCGGCAUGUUCUGCCAUGGAUGGCGGCAUGUUCUGCCAUGGAUGGCGGCAUGCUCUGCCAUGGAUGGCGGCAUGCUCUGCCAUGGAUGGAGGCAUGCUCUGCCAUGGAUGGCGGCAUGUUCUGCCUUGGAUGGAGGCAUGCUCUGCCAUGGAUGGCGGCAUGCUCUGCCAUGGAUGGAGGCAUGCUCUGCCAUGGAUGGCGGCAUGCUCUGCCAUGGAUGGCGGCAUGCUUUGGUCCGAGAUGGACUCGCGGCUCUCCUUCCCUUCCCCCCCCGCUCUCCUUUCCUCCGUCCCUUGCGUGUUUGUCUCCUUGGCACUUGCUGCGCCGCCCAAGGGCGGCAACAAGGGCGGCGCCAUCCAAGCCACGGGGCAGGCAGGCCUGGCUUUUCAUCAACUCGCCAAUCCCUUUUCUUCAACAACUCGCCUGCUCACCAUGCCCAUGCCCAUUCCCAUGCCCAUGCCCAUGCCCAUGCCUCUCAACCAGGUGCACAUCGCCUCAUCAGUCAUCGCACGCAACACCGCCACCAUCCAAGGCGGAGCGCUGUACUGCAUUCAGAGCGCGCGCCUCACGCUGCUCGCCUCCUCCCUGCGCGCCAAUACUGCGGUGCGCGGCGGGGCCAUUCUCGCCGAAGGGGGAGUCCAUCUGCUGGUCGCAGGCGGAACAAUAGGUGGGUCAGGAGGAGGCGAAGCAGGCAGCAAAAAGCCCGCAGUGUUUGAAGGGAACUCGCAGCAUGCGGUGGUGCUGCAGGGGCAGGCAGUGGGGUUGUUCUAUGGACCCGUUCUCUUCCGGGGGAAUGUGGGGGGGAGCACGAUGGACGUGGGGGAUGGAGGGGCGAUUUUCGCCACUGAUUCGACGGUAGUGGUGGUGGGCGGUGGAGUGGGGUUCGAGGGCAACAGGGGGCAUAGAGGUGGUGCGAUCUUUUGUGAUUCGGAGAGUUCUUUGAGUGUCAGCGCGCAGGUGGAUGCUGCUGCUGUUGCUGCUGGUGCUGGUGGCUCUGCUGCUGCUUCUACUGCUGCUGCUGGUUAUGAUGAGAGUGCUACAGUCGCAGCUGCUUCUGCUACAGCAUCAGCUAAUAACCCAGCACCCUCCCUGCAAGGACCCCUGUUUUCAAACAACCAGGCACAGGAAGCAGGCGGGGCAAUCUUUGUGGCCGGCAACACGUCCCUGCAGAUCUCCGAUUCGAUCUUCGAGUCCAACCAGGCGGCGACGGGGACAGGUGGCGCGAUCCUAGUGCUCGACUACGCGCACGGGGACCUGCGGGACUGCGUUUUCCGAAGCAACGAGGCAGGCUCGGACGGAUCGGCUGUGUACCUGGAUCGGGGAGGCAUGGGGGGAGGUUCGGGAGGAGCGGGUGGCGGGGAGGAAAGCGGGGGUGCAGGGGGGACGGGGGGGAGUGGGGUAAGUGGGAGGCCGGGGGGAAUGGGGUUCAGCAAGGCAGCGGUGGGGGCGGUGGUGAUGGUUUCUGAUAUUGCCGGGUUGCUACAGGCAGGGAGCAACCUUGGUGCUGCUGCCAAUGCCACUGCUGGUGGUGCCAGCGCUAGCACCAACACAAUUUACGAUUUAGGAAAGUUCCUCCCUGCCAUGCGGUCGGCGUGCGUGGCGUGUGAGAGCAUCGAUAAGCAGGACACCAUCGGCACUCUCCUUUUCUGCUUCCGGCUCCUGUGGGCAGGUCAGAGCGACGCAGCAGGUGGAAGCACCACCUCGACGGGCACAGUAUUCCAGGUGAAGGGGGACAGGGCCAACCCAGUCACAGGGCUGCACGUCACAGUGCUCGACGCAGCAGGCCUCAUCCCAGUCAACGACUUCCGAGCCAAGGCCUCCAUCCUCCCCACGCCAUCCAUCAGCGGGCUCCUUCAAGCCAUUGCAGUCAACGGCCGCGCCACCAUCCCUCCUAUAUCCAUCGUUGAGCCGCCCGAAUCCGGGAAUCUCUCGCUUACGCUGUCGGUCUCCUCGUCGUUGGAUGCGUUUCCGCCCAUCGCACGGACGGUCGAGAUCGUCUUCUGCCCGCCCGGGCAGUUUUACACCCGCCCUUGGAUGACCUGCGAGGUCUGCCCAAUCGGGAGCUGGUGCGGGUCCGGGCGGGGCGCGGAGUUCUGCCCGACGGGCAGCUUUAGUUUUUUCCCGGGCACGGCGUUGCUCACGGAUUGUUUACCCUGCCCGACGACACGGGACGUGUUACAAGACACGCCGGCAGUGACAUGCGAGCAAGGGAGCAUGACAGUAGAGGAGGGGUUCUGGUUUGACUUCAACAGUAUCACCACUGGCAUCCCUGCUGUGUAUGCCUGCGACGUGAAGGAUGGAUGCGCAGGCUUGGCCUACCCCCCCUCCUCCCCCGCUUCCUCUGCAAAUACCACCCAACAGCAGCAGCAGCAGCAGCAGCAGCAGCAGGCGGCAGCAAAUUCAACUGUGAAUCAGCCGCAGUGCAAGGCAGGGUACAAGGAGAAUCGGCUGUGCUCCAGCUGUGCGCCCGGCUACUACUCAGUGCUCAAGUUCUGCUACCAGUGCUCGCCCACCUUCCAGCGCCUCUUCCCGCUGCUGCUCGUGCUCAUCGUGCUCGCCUGGGUGGCCAUGGGUGUGCUCUCGGACUCGUUUCACACCAUUGCUAUACUCGCUAUAGAGCUGCAGAUGCUGACGUUUAUCGGGUCGUACAACCUGCCGCUGCCCUACUGGGUGAACACCAUCGUGCAGUACUUUCAAGUCGCACUCUUCGUACCGGACGUCAUAGGGCCAGGCUGCACAGUCACCUACUCAUUCGUGCAGCAGUGGGCAGUCACGAUGGUCAUCCCCGUUUUAGGCGUCCUCGUUUACGCCUGCCUCUACCUCACGCACCGCCUCUACUCCCACACCAUCAUCCGCAUCUAUGGCCCCCCUAAGAACCACCCCAUCACCAGCACCUCCAGUUUCACCCCUUCUGCUGCCGCCUCCGCUGCUGCUGCUGCUGCUGCUGCUGCGUCUGCUCCCUCUCUUCGCACCGAUACCAAUGGCACCGGUUUCUCGCGAGCUCCAAGCGGCAUCGGCUCUCGAGCAGACGACUUGGGCGUGCACGUGACGACCAAACGCGAAAUGUUGGACAAGUACGAAAACACUCUGAUCCACGGGGUCACCAACUGGCUUGAUCUGAGCUACGCGGCUGUAACCUUCCGGUGCUUCCAGGCUUUCUACCGGCACUGGUACGGCGCGGAUGUGAUGGGUGCGGCGCCGUACAUCGGGUGGUUCUCGGAGACUCACACGGUGGUGUUUGCGCUGUCGGUGGUGAUUGCGGUGGUGUAUGUGGCGGGUGCGCCGGUGUGCUACGCGCUGGUGCUGUGGCUGGGGAAGUCCAAGGGGCUGCUGGCGAGUCAUACGUACAAGAUGCGCUGGGGGUGGAUGGUCAGCCGGUACGAGUACGACUACUUCUGGUGGCACCUCACCUGCUACGCGCGUCGCAUCAUCCUCGUCUCCAUCACUGUCUUUGGCGUGCAGUCGCCCCAGACGCAGGUGUCAGUAACUCUCCCUCUGCAAGCCAUUCGCAUCGGCCUGCAGUACGGCGCGUCCCCCUUCGCAGCCUUCUCUCACGACGUGCUCAACUCGCUGCUGGCGCUGGCAGAGCUGCUCUUCACGGUGGCGCUCACGGGCUUUAACUACAUCGGCAUCACCACUGGUGCCAACGUCCUCUUUGCCUUCUCCUUCGCCCUCGUCUUCUUGCCCACGCUGCUCAUCCUCUGCUACGAGCUCAUCAACUGGUACAUCACGCGCUGCAACUGCCGGGAGCUGAAUUCCAUGUGGCAGAUGGACAAGGCUCGGAAAUCCCUGCGUUCUCGCAGGCGCCUGGCAGCGCUGUCAGUGGACGACCUCGUGCAUCCCUCCGACGUGGCGCGCUGGUUCCGCCCCCACGUGCUCUCGGCCUUCCUCUUCCACUACUCCUCCGCCUCCCCCGCCUACCACGCCGCCCGCCGCAAAACCCUCUCCGACGAGGUCGGCUUGGAAAGCGGCACUGCCGGUGCUGCUGGUGCUGCUGGUGCUGGUGGUGCUGGUGGUGCUGGUGCUGGGGAGUUUCAACACGUGGGAACGGCGGAAAUGCGGCAGCGGCGGCGGCUGCUGCUGCGGCUGCGGGACCGGUUUGAGCGGAUUCGGCUGGCGGGGCCGGGGGACGCGCAGUGGAUGAAGCACUUAAAUGAGGAGGAUGAGGAGAGAAUGCUGCUGGAGUGGCCGCCCAGGCUGGACCACCACGUCAGCUGGACGGCAACCAAUGCCGCGGGCGGCGAGCUCGAGCGGCGGGGUUUGUCUGGUAGCGGAGCGGAUGUGCUGGUGAAUGGGGAGGGGGAGGAAGAAGACGGGGAGGAACUGGAGAGGAAUGGGUGGCGUGGGGAGGAGGAGGGGGAAGACGGGGAAGAGGGUGAGGAUGAGGAGUGUGAGGAUGAGGAGGAGGAUGAGGCAGAUUUAGAGGAGAGAGCAGAGGCGCAGAGGGAGCAGCGUGGGCAAGGGGGUUAUGGAGGCGGUGCAGGGGGCGGGUACGUGGAGGGGCAAGGCGGAGACGGAGGGGAGGGAGGGUACGUGGAGGCGAGGAUGAACAUGGCGGAGGCUGAGCGCCAUGUGCGGAGGCUGCCGCGCCACCUCGCUGCGCCUGCUGCUGCGAGGAAUCCAUUCCGCCUGCUGGCUGGCUCACCUCCACUGGAGGUUCGGGUUCUGGUAGUCCCUGGCGGUGGCGGAGGACCAGCAGGUGCUGAGGGACGUGGUGGCAAUGAUGCGAUCGGCAGCGGUGGCGGAGGCAGUCAGUGGAAGGUGACGCGCGUCUCUAUUCCCACUCUCUCUCUCCUCCCCUCCUUUCCCCCCGAGGCGGAGGACCAGCAGGUGCUGAGGGACGUGGUGGCAAUAAUGUGGUCGGCAGCAGCGGUGGCGGAGGCAGGCAGUGGAAGUGAGGCGGAGGACCAGCAGGUGCUGAGGGACGUGGUGGCAUUGAUGCGGUCGGCAGCGGUGGCGGAGGCGGGCAGCCUGCACUGGUCGCGGGGCUUCUGGGCCUUCUUCCGCACCCACUCCGUGCUGCACCGCGCCAAGACAUGCGUGCAGCCUUGUCUGCCGUCGAAGCCGCUGCUCGAAGAUGACAUAGACACGCUGCCUCGUGCCAUGGCGGCCCAAACGUCCUUAGCGGAUCUCACGGCGGACUGCUUUGCGCACUGCUGCCGAUGGCUCUCUCCCCGGGACCUCGUGAACCUCUCCCUUUGCUGCUCGUCGCUCCGCCUGCUGGCCAAUAGCGAUGCGGCGUGGGCUUGCCACGUGGCACAUCAGGAGGCGCGAUCCCGCCAGGUUCGUCUUAAACUCUUGCGCGGAGCCACGUCCCUCGCGGGAUUCCGCCAGGCAUUCAUAGAGCGCCACGUGGCAGUACAGAAGCUGCAGUUCUUCCCCUUCCCUUUCUUCCCCCUAUCCAUGCCGCAUGUCUUUCUGCACCAGGCCGCGUGGCUCUUGGGAUUUGGUCUAGGCCUCCGCCAGGCCUUCAUAGAGCGCCACGUGGCAGUACAGAAGCUGCAGUUCUCCGACCCUGCCGUGGAAGUAUGGGGGUUUAUCCGCCCUUCCACCUCCAUCCACAUUCGUGUGGCAUUACGUGUUGGCUGUGAAGCGGUGCUCCCAGUGGACCUCUCGCCCUUCCCUGCCGCUGCCCGCCUCACGUCUCUUUUCCCCUACACCAGCCGCACCUUCCUCCUCUCCGCCAGCCUCGACCGCACGCUGCGCCUCUGGGGCGAGCCGGCGCCCCCCUUUUCCCCCCUGCGCACCUUCUCAGGGCACACUGGGCCCAUCCUCUGCCUCUCAGACCGCAUCAUCGGCACCUCCCUCUCAGAGCCUCACACACGCACGCACGCGCGCACACGGAGCAGCAGCAGCAGCAGCAGCAGCAGCAGCAGCAGCAGCGGUGCUGAUUCUCGGGCUGCUCUCUCGCCCUCCUCUUACUCUUUCCUUCCGUGUGUCGCCACCGGAAGCAGCGACAGCACUGUUCGCGUGUGGUCCCUCCUCCCGCCAGGUAUGUUUCCCUGA